AUGUUAAUGGCGGACUUGGUAAGAUCCUCCUUCCACUUUGAUAGCUGCCUGCCUCCUGUAAUGGCGCCUUCGCUCCUCGACCAUUUAGCUCUCUCAUUAAAGUACUCUCCCUUCCCGUACUAUCUGUCUCGUUACUAUUUAAUCCACGGCCUUCGUCUUAAUAUUUUACCGUCCCUCUCUUGUCUAUCUCAGCGGGAGGAAGGUGUACAAGUUCAAGUAGGGCAUAAAAACACUACAAGGGCAAAGCAAAUGUCGAUCGGCCGUAAGAAGUUCAACAUGGACCCUAAAAAGGGCAUCGAGUACCUGACAGAGCACGGUUUGCUGGAGCGAACUGAGGAAGAUGUGGCUGCCUUCCUCUACAAAGGUGAAGGCCUCAACAAGACUGCUAUAGGAGACUAUCUUGGUGAGAGGAAUGAGUUCAACGAAAGGGUGCUGAAGGCCUUUGUCGACCUUCAUGACUUCACUGAUCUCAUCCUCGUCCAAGCCCUCAGACAAUUUUUGUGGAGUUUUCGUCUUCCUGGUGAAGCUCAGAAAAUCGAUAGAAUGAUGGAAUGCUUUGCCCAGAGGUAUUGCCAACUGAACCCCAACAUCUUUACUAAUACUGAUACCUGCUACGUUUUAUCUUUUGCUAUUAUAAUGCUGAAUACAAGUCUUCACAAUCCAUCGGUGAAAGAGAAACCUGGUGUUGAACAGUUUAUAACUAUGAAUAGAGGGAUCAACAAUGGUGGAGAUCUUCCGAGAGAAUUAUUAGUUAGCUUGUAUGAAAGUAUUAAAACAGAACCAUUUAAAAUCCCUGAAGACGAUGGGAAUGAUUUAAUGCAUACCUUCUUUAAUCCAGAUAAAGAAGGCUGGUUAUGGAAACAAGGUGGUCGUUACAAGAGCUGGAAAAGGAGAUGGUUUAUACUUAAUGAUAAUUGCCUUUACUAUUUUGAAUAUACCACUGACAAAGAGCCUAGAGGUAUUAUACCCUUAGAAAACAUUCAAGUUAGAGAGGUCCAAGAUCGGCACAAACCUCAUUGUUUUGAACUAUACGCAGCAGGCUCGGAUUUCAUUAAAGCAUGCAAGACUGAUUCUGAAGGGAAAGUUGUGGAAGGAAAACAUACUGUAUACCGAAUGUCAGCUGCCACAAGCGAGGAAAAGGAUGACUGGAUCAAAUGUCUAAGGCAAAGUAUCAGCCAUAAUCCAUUUUAUGAUAUGCUAGCUGCCCGAAAGAAGAAGGCUCAAAAAACCAAUUCCCAUCACCAUCACCAUCAUCAUCACCACCACCACCACCAUCAUCAUGGCAACAAGAGCUAGAAAGCGUCGAUUGCAUUUAAAACGACAGUGCCUUAUCAAAGGAUUCCCGCUGCCAACCGCCAGCGCGAGCCUUCUGUGUUGGUAUGCCUGGAAGGACUGUUCUGUUUCCGUGCCAGUGAAGCAAAUCACCACUGAUACCUAGCAUGUCGACUCAAUGGUAAAAAGGACUGUUCGAUAUCUAGUGUGAUGAGUAAUGUAUUUAUCUUUUGUAAUUAGAGUUACUCCUUAUAAAGGAGGCUAAGUGUCUUAUACUUUUGAGAAUUAUAUCCUGAAUUUAUUAUGUUUCUUCAGAUCCAGGCAUUUUUUUUUCCUAUUUAAAUUUAUCUAGGAUAAUAUACAAUCUUGUCCUUAAAUUUGAGAUUGCGAUUUUGAAACCAAAGAUUAUCUUCUAAAAGCUUGUGAUGUAAUCAUGAUAUCGUGUCUUUGGAUGGAUGAAAAUAAUCUCAAAAAAAAAAUAUCUUGACUGAGGAACUGUGUGGGUUAAAUUUAUUUUUUGUUAAACUCAGUUAUUGUUCAGUUCUUUGUAUUUUAGAAGUUAAUAGUUUUAAAACACAUCUUCGUUAAUUCCUUAAAAGUUUUUCCUUACAUAGGAAAAAUAAGAUCCAGGAAGAAAGUUAUAAAUUUCAACACCAGUUUGUAACAAAAUAGUAGAAAAGAAAAGUCCCAGUAAUCAAUAAUGAUAUUUCAUGUUUUUAUAAACUAUUGUUGAAUAAAAUUCAUAAACCAAGUAAACAUUGUAUAACUUUAGCAGGACUGAGUGAGUGAUAUUUAAACUAAGUUGCUGAAUUAUUUAUUUUGAUGAUUUUUCUCAUUGCUCUUUCAAUGUUGAACAUGUUAUAUAUUUUAAUUGUAGUUUUAGUUAAGAGUGUUAUAUUUUUGUAAUAUAACAGAGGUAUUUGUGAACAUUCUUUUUGUAGAUUAAAAACAAAACAAAAAAAAAAUCAUGCUUUUAAUAUAAUUUUUGCUUUAAUUCUAUUGAUGUGCUAUUGUACUUAAAAUCAAAAUGAAUAGAUCUUUAGACAGAUUAUGUUUGUUUUGUUUUUGUUGAAGAAAAAGAAAAAUAUUUUUAAUGUGUACCUGAUUAUGAAGGUGACAUCAUUAAAUUUUGUACAGAGCAUAAAUUAGGACCAAAAAUUUAUUUGUUUUAUAUAAGGACUGGUUGAUUUGUAUUUUUUAUUGUACAGCUUUAGAUUUUUUUAAUUAUUAAUUGUAUAAGAAUUUAUUUAGGAGCAAUGCUAGUAGGCAGAGCUUUACUGGCAUUUUUGUUAAUUUGUUAUUGACUGUUGUUUAUUUUGUUUUAUUGAAACAGUAUAUUUAUAUAUAUUUUACUCACUAUGUAAACAUUUCUAAAGAAAAAUUUAUUGUCGAUGACAAUAUAGAAAUGUUAUUUGUAUAUAAAAAUCUUAAUUAUAUUUGUGUAUUGUAAGUGUAUAUAUUUUUGAGAGAGUUUCAAGUCAUUUAGUGUAAUUAUAUCAUUGUUAUAUUAGGCUGUACAUAAAUGAAAAUACUUAAAAGGAUAUAUGUAACAUUUGUGAGAUCCGUUACGGUUAUUGUGAUAGUGACAAAGAGUUGUAUACUACUAUUUCUGUUAAAAUGAUUAAUGUGUGUGCAAGGAUACCAAAGUAUGAAAUUUAUUUAUUAAUAUGUACAAAAGUUUCCAUUUAAAGUAAUGAAAAUUGAUUAUUAUUGUAAUAAAAUAAUUUUAAAAAUUGA